CCUAACUAACAAAUCAACAACAAAACGCAACACGUUUUUCAACAAAAAAACAUAAGGUGAAAAGUAGGCAGCAUCUUGUUACAAGUCCAUGUUCUAUUUUGUCUGCACAAUACACAUCCCAAUGAAUUCAACCUCCUCAUGCUCUUCUUGUCUCAUUCUUAUUUUAUUCUAACCUAGUACAUGAGUUUUGCUCAAUAAACAAAAAAACAAGAGAAGAGGAGCAACCAACAAAAAAAACCAUUCUUAACAAUAACAUAAAUGUCAGAGUUGCAGGAAACAUAUUCCUGUUGCUUCCUAUUUUUACUCUCAAUUUCCCUCAUCCUUCUUUCAGGUAGGGUUGUUGUUGGAGAUUCUUUGGACACAGACAAACAAAUUCUGUUGAAGUUGAAAUUGUACUUGGACAACAAAACUCUUGCAGACCAAGGAAAGUACAUAUAUUGGGACACAAACAGUUCCAAUUCAAAUCCAUGUGAAUGGCAAGGAAUUUCGUGUAACAAAGCAAAGAGAGUAAUUGGCAUAGAUCUCUCUUACAGUGACAUCACAGGAGAGAUAUUUCAAAGCUUCUCUCAGCUCACUGAGCUUACACAUCUCGAUCUCUCGCAGAACACGCUCUUUGGAUAUAUUCCAAAUGAUUUAAGAAACUGUCACAAGCUAUUGCAUCUCAAUCUCUCUCACAAUAUUCUUGAUGGAGAAUUGAAUUUGACUGGAUUGACAACCUUGCAGACACUUGAUUUUUCCUUGAAUAGAUUUCAUGGAGAAAUUGGUCUGUGGAAUUUGCCAUCCAUGUGUGAGAAUUUAAUCACUUUGAAUAUCUCAGGUAAUAACUUAACUGGUGAUAUUGGUAAUAGUUUUGAUCAAUGUUCAAAGUUGAAGUACUUGGAUUUGAGCACCAACAAGCUGAGUGGAGGUAUAUGGAAUGGAUUUGCAAGGCUGAGGCAAUUUUCUGUUGCUGAGAAUCAUCUCAGUGGAAACAUUUCAUCUGAAGCUUUUCCAUUGAAUUGUGAACUUGUGGAAUUGGAUCUUUGUCAAAAUGGAUUUGUUGGCGAAGCACCGAAGGAAAUUGCUAACUGCAAGAAUCUAACCAUGUUGAAUCUUUCAAGUAACAAUUUUACUGGAGCUAUCCCUAUUGAAAUGGGGUCCAUUUCAAGGCUGAAAGGAUUGUACUUGGGAGGAAACACCUUUUCAAGAGAAAUUCCUGAGGCCCUAUUGAAAUUGAAUGAUUUGGUUUUCUUGGAUUUGAGCAGAAACAAAUUUGGUGGUGACAUGCAAAAGAUUUUUGGGGAAUUUAAACAGGUGAGGUUUCUUCUUUUGCACUCUAAUUCAUACACUGGAGGAUUGUUAUCAUCUGGAAUUUUCACAUUGCCGAACAUUGCACGGUUAGACCUAAGCUUCAACAACUUUUCAGGUCCAUUACCUGUUGAAAUCUCUCAUAUGCAAAGUCUAAAACUUUUAAUGUUAUCAUAUAACCAAUUCAAUGGAUCUAUUCCAUCAGAAUUUGGAAAUAUGCGUAAUUUACAAGCACUUGACCUUGCUUUCAACAAGUUGAGUGGACCAAUACCUCCAAGCAUUGGAAACUUGAGUUCUCUCUUGUGGUUGAUGCUUGCAAACAAUUCAUUAACUGGAACAAUCCCUUCAGAGUUAGGGAACUGUACUAGUUUAUUAUGGUUAAACCUCGCCAACAAUAACCUCUCUGGAAAGUUUCCUCGCGAACUUUCUAAAAUCGGAAAGAAUGCGAUGAAAACAUUUGAAGCAAAUAGGCGAGACGGUGGAUUGACUGCUGGCUCUGGUGAAUGUUUAGCAAUGAAGAGAUGGAUACCUGCAGAUUACCCUCCAUUCAGCUUUGUGUAUGAUAUUUUAACAAGGAAAAAUUGUAGAGGACUUUGGAAUAAAUUGCUCAAAGGGUAUGGAAUUUUUCCAUUUUGCACACCUGGGUCCUCCCUUAGGUUAUCUUUAAUAUCAGGUUAUGUUCAGUUAAGUGGAAACAAGCUAAGUGGUGAAAUCCCUUCAGAGAUUGGAACAAUGGUGAAUUUCAGUAUGUUGCAUUUGGGAUUCAACAGUUUCUCUGGGAAGUUUCCACCUGAGUUGGGAAGUAUUCCACUUAUGGUCUUGAACUUGACUAGAAACAACUUUUCAGGUGAAAUUCCUCAGGAAAUUGGAAACUUAAAAUGCUUGCAAAAUCUUGAUCUGUCUCACAACAAUUUCUCAGGAAAUUUUCCUACAAGUUUGAACAAAGUGGCUGAGCUUAACAAGUUCAACAUCUCCUAUAAUCCCUUCAUAUAUGGUGAGGUUUCAUCAAGUGGACAAUUUGUUACUUUUGAGAAAGAUUCAUAUUUAGGCGACCCUUUGUUGAUCCUUCCCGACUUCAUCGACAACACUACAAGAAACAACAAAAACUCAACCUUUCACAAUGACCAUAAAAAGCCUGCAAAACUAUCUGCAUUCUUGGUUUUUCUGUCCAUAACACUUGUUUUUAUUAUACUUGGCUUUCUAACAAUAAUAGUCUGUGCAUUAGUCAAAACCCCAUCAGAUCAAUAUCUCUUGAAGGAUCAUACAAAACAUUGCAAUGAUUCAAGUAGCUCAGGAAUAGGGUCCUCACAGUGGUCAUCUGAUUCGGUUAAAGUCAUUCGUUUGAACAAAACAGCUUUCACCUAUGCAGACAUUUUGAUAGCAACAAGCAGCUUCUCAGAAAACAGAAUCAUAGGAAAAGGUGGAUUUGGAACAGUAUACAAAGGAGUUUUCGCAGACGGUAGAGAAGUGGCAGUGAAGAAGCUUCUAAGCGAAGGACCUGAAGGCGAAAAGGAAUUCCAAGCUGAAAUGGAAGUUCUAAGUGGCCAUGGUUUCGGUUGGCCUCAUCCAAACCUCGUCACACUCCAUGGUUGGUGUCUAAGCAAUUCAGAAAAGAUACUUGUUUAUGAGUACAUAGAAGGUGGAAGCUUAGAAGAUCUAAUAACCGAUAGAACUCGUCUGACAUGGAAGAAAAGGCUGCAAGUUGCUAUCGACGUGGCUCGCGCGCUUGUCUAUUUACAUCAUGAAUGUUAUCCUUCUAUUGUCCAUAGAGAUGUGAAGGCUAGUAAUGUGAUGCUAGACAAAGAAGGGAAAGCAAAAGUAACAGAUUUUGGAUUAGCUAGAGUUGUUAACAUUGGUGAUAGUCAUGUGAGUACAAUGGUUGCAGGAACUGUUGGAUAUGUUGCACCUGAAUAUGGACAAACAAUGAAAGCUAGUACAAAAGGUGAUGUUUAUAGUUAUGGUGUGUUGAUUAUGGAGUUGGCUACAGGUAGAAAAGCAGUAGAUGGAGGUGAAGAGUGUUUGGUUGAAUGGACAAGGCGUGUCAUGGGAAGAAAACAACAAACAAAACAUCAACAACAUCAUGUGUUGAGUCAUUUGGGUUCAAGACUUGUUGGUGGGGCAGAGGAGAUGGGUGAAUUGCUAUGUAUUGGUUUGAAGUGUACAAAUGAGGCACCAAAUGCUAGGCCAAAUAUGAAACAAGUUUUGACUAUGCUUGUAAUGAUAUCUAAAUCUAAUGUUGGAGAUUCAUCAAGUGAUCAUGGGCACAAUGUUUAGUUAUUGUGUUUAGGAAAUUGAUGGAUACAAUAUAUGGAGAAAAAUGUGCAUAGUUUAGUUUAAGGUGUUACAUAGUUUACAUUAAUUAGACAGGAAAAAUAAUGUCAUACAUAGUUGAUUUUUUUAUUGUAUACAGAAAUUUGAUUAUGUUGAGAAAGUUGCUAAAUUUUGUUCA